CAAUGUUGACGACUGACCAGGAUGUUGACAAGUGCCGUUACCUUCGCUCUCUGGAUCUCCACACUUACGCUCCACAGUUCAUUUGUUACUUCGUGCAGUGCCAGCAAAAGAACACCCUGUUCCGGAAAUGUCCGUCCUGUUAUUGUGCCAAUAAAAAAGAUACCGUUACAAGUGCUGAGAAAAAAGUAUACGGGACACAAAUCCCGGGUGAAGCAAUUUGUGUCAGCGUUUGAGGACACCAAGCCGUCUGACCACCACACAUGCGGGAAGCGCCCUCUGCUCACGUCACGCAUUAUUGGCGGUAAAUCUACCCAAAGGAGCAGCUGGCCCUGGAUGGUUAGGGUUAUUCUCAGGACAGGAGGCAAACGGGAGCUUCAGUGUGGAGGUGUUCUGGUGUCCAGUAAGUGGGUACUGACCGCUGCCCACUGUGUCCGUGACCUCACUAGCGCCAUCGCUGUCCUGGCUGAUUGGGACUCCUUUGUGAAGGACGCCGGGGAGCUGUCUGUACAAGUGAGCUCUGUAGUGAGCCACCCAGGGUACACAGAUCUGGAGUACCAGGAGAACAACGACAUCGCUCUCCUACAGCUCUCACAUCACGUGACUUUCUCCAGCUCUGUAAGGGCAAUAUGUCUGCUGGACAGUCCGGCACUCAUAAAGGCAACAGAGUUUGAACCCACAUCUCAUAGUAACCAGGCUUACAUUCAACCAUUAGGAACAGGAGGCAAGCGAGAGCUUCAGUGUGGAGGUGUUCUGGUGUCCAGUCAGUGGGUACUGACCGCUGCCCACUGUGUCCGUGACGUCACUAGUGCCAUCGCUGUUCUGACUGAUUGGGAUUCCCUUGUGGAGGACGCCGGGGAGCUGUCUGUACAAGUGAGCUCUGUGGUGAGCCACCCAGGGUACACAGAUCUGGAGUACCAGGAGAACAACGACAUCGCUCUCCUACAGCUCUCACGCCACGUGACUUUCUCCAGCUCUGUAAGGGCAAUAUGUCUGCUGGACAGUCCUGCACUCGCAAAGCCCGGUCUCCUCUGCACGGCCCUGGGUUGGGGAGUCACAGGCGAGUACAGCUUCCGUCCCUCCCGGACGCUCCAGAGGCGGGAAAUCUACCUGGUCGGGACCCGGGAAUGCGCGGACUUGAACCCUGAACUCACGCUCAACGAGGGCCAUCUGUGUGGGCAGGUGAGAGGCCACCCCGGCGGGUCCUGUGUCGGUGACUCUGGUGGUCCUCUGGUCUGUGCCCUGGGCUCCCAGUACUUCCUGGUCGGCCUUGUCUCCUUCUCCCUAGGGGUCUGUGAUGAGCUGGUCCGGCCGUCUGUCUACACAAAUGUGUCCGCUUAUAUCGGCUGGAUCUAUGACGUCACUGGAAUGGCCGGAAGCGACAACCGUGACGUGAAGUCAUGGUCUGAUUGACUGCCCUAAGAGUUUGGAUGAUAACACGUUUGAUGUCGGUGUGUAUGAGUGUG